AUCACCAACCAACCCACAAACCAUUGCUCCUGUUUCUUGCACGCACGCAGAGGGACAGAGAGAGAGAGAGAGAGAAGAUGCACGGAUUCGAGAAAUUGAGCACGACCUCGAAGGGGGACAUAGAAGAGGGGACUCUCUACCCAGGUCUGGGCUAUGGAGAGAACCAGCUUCGUUGGGGUUUCAUUCGCAAGGUCUACGGCAUUCUCGCCGCUCAACUCGUCCUCACCACCGUCGUCUCCUCCAUCACCGUCCUCUAUCCCCCCGUCACCGACCUCCUCAAAGGAAACUCCGGCCUCUUCCUUUUCCUUCUCUUCCUUCCCCUUAUCUUGUUGUGGCCCUUGUACGUUUAUCAGCAAAAACAUCCACUGAACUUGAUCAUCCUUGGACUCUUCACUAUGUGCCUGAGUCUCACUGUUGGUGUCAGCUGUGCCAAUACAGAUGGAAGAAUUGUGCUUGAAGCCUUGAUCUUGACAUCAGCUGUGGUAGUCUCCUUGACUGGGUACACUUUCUGGGCUUCGAAGAAGGGCAAGGACUUCAGCUAUCUCGGACCAAUCUUGUUCACCAGCCUCUUUACCCUUUUCUUGGCUGGUUUUAUUCAGAUGUUCUUCCCACUCGGGUCUACCUCAACUGCGAUUUAUGGUGGAAUUGGUGCUGUAAUUUUCUCAGGAUAUAUUGUUUAUGACACAGAUAACCUGAUCAAGCGGUUCACAUAUGAUGAGCACAUCUGGGCAUCUGUCACUCUCUAUCUGGACAUUCUCAACCUGUUCCUUACAAUUUUGAGGAUACUGAGGUCGUCUGACAAUUAGUUGUAUGGUGGUAUACUUUCACCAACCAGGGCUUUGCCUGAAAUAAUUGUUUACCUUUUCUAUAACUGAUUGUGAAGGUCACUGUGUGUCUAGUAUAUGCUUUUAGUACAAAGAUGCGAUUCCGGCAUUGUUACUAUGUACUAUAUGAGUGCUGAAUAGGCUGUUGCAAACUGCUGGCCAUACAUAUUGUACUUGAAUCUAGUGUUUGAAUUUUGUUAGUUUUCUUUGAAAAUAAAAUCUGUGGGCUAUAUUUCUGGUUGCUUUAA